AUGCGCCGGGACAGCCAAUCAGCGGCGAGCGCAGGGGCGGGCGCUGACGCCCGGCGCUCCGCGUGCGGCGCUCGCGACGCCGCGGCCGAGCUGGAGCCCAAACAGCUGGGCGGCCGGUCGCAGCCGCUCGCGCUGCCGCCACCGCCGCCGCCGCCUUCACCGCCUCCCGCCGACGAGCAGCCGGAGUCCCGGACGCGGCGCCGGGCCUACCUGUGGUGCAAGGAGUUCCUGCCCGGAGCCUGGCGCGGCCUUCGCGAGGACCAGUUCCACAUCAGUGUCAUCAGGGGUGGCCUCAGUAACAUGCUGUUCCAAUGUUCCUUGCCAGAUGCCAUUGCCAGCGUUGGCGACGAGCCACGCAAAGUGCUCCUGCGGCUGUAUGGAGCGAUUUUAAAGAUGAGGUCCUGUAAUAAAGAGGGAUCCGAACAAGCUCAGAAUGAAAAUGAAUUUCAAGGACCCGAGGCGAUGGUUCUGGAGAGUGUCAUGUUCGCCAUUCUCGCCGAGAGGUCUCUUGGGCCAAAACUCUAUGGCAUCUUUCCCCAAGGCCGACUGGAGCAGUUUAUCCCGAGUCGGCGACUGGAGACUGAGGAAUUGCGUUUACCAGACAUUUCUGCAGAAAUAGCUGAGAAGAUGGCCACGUUUCAUGGUAUGAAAAUGCCAUUCAAUAAGGAACCAAAAUGGCUUUUUGGAACAAUGGAAAAAUACCUGAAUCAAGUGCUGAGAAUUAGAUUCACUGGGGAGGCCAGAGUUCAGCAGCUGCACAAGUUCCUUGCAUACAACCUGCCUCUGGAGCUUGAGAACCUGAGGUCGCUGCUGCAGUACACGCAGUCUCCUGUUGUAUUUUGUCAUAACGACUGUCAAGAAGGUAAUAUCUUACUGCUGGAAGGCCAAGAGAAUUCAGAAAAGCAGAAGCUGAUGCUCAUUGACUUUGAAUACAGCAGUUACAAUUACAGGGGAUUCGACAUUGGGAACCACUUCUGUGAAUGGAUGUAUGAUUACACCUAUGAGAAGUACCCUUUCUUCAGAGCGAACAUUCAGAAGUACCCCACCCGGAAUCAGCAGCUCCAUUUUAUUUCUAGUUACUUGACUACAUUCCAAAAUGAUUUUGCAAAUCUCAGUAGUGAAGAACGAUCUGUUGUUGAAGAAGAAAUGCUGCUUGAAGUCAAUAGGUUUGCCCUCGCCUCGCAUUUCCUCUGGGGACUUUGGUCCAUCGUUCAGGCCAAGAUUUCAUCCAUUGAAUUUGGAUACAUGGAGUAUGCCCAAGCCAGGUUCGAUGCUUAUUUUGACCAGAAGAGGAAGCUUGGGGUGUGAAUGAGAAGACUCCACCCCUUACCACUGGACUUCGGGAGGUGGCUGCACCAGGCCUUGAUGCCGCUGUGACCACUGCCCCAGGAGGAAGGCCGUGGACGUCUCACUACUGAGCGCCGAUGUGUGUACCACAGACUGUAUUAAAGUGGAGUGAUAUUUC